GUCUGCUAAUUCAGAUGGUGGUACGACUGCUUGGAGUGAAGACGUGUCUUGUUGAGCUGUGCUUGGAAAGUGUGUGUUGGUGCUUGACACUCUCAGUCGAUGUUGCAGUAAGUGUACGUACAUGUCCUGGAAGAGCAGUAGUAGUCGUGGCAUACCCAUGCUGUGCCAUGCCUUCUCUUGAUGGUGAGGCAGCAGGAUACAGCGGCAGUAUGAGUGGAGUUAGCGUAGCGCCGGUGGUGGAGGCCAGUUUCCUGUGCGAGGCGCUGAGGCAGGCACAGGAAGAUAUACUGGUGCUGGAUUGUCGAGGGGCAGACGACUACGCCGCGGCCCACAUCCGUGGCGCCGUCAGCGUGGGCCUGCCAUCCCUCAUGCUAAGACGUCUGGCGUCGGGGAAACUCUCUCUGCCACAGGUUGUACGUCACUUGGCUUCUGACGGAGGCGACCGCCUCGCCAGACUCCACCAGUGUGUCCCCAUCGUUCUCUACGACCACGCCCAUGCUUACAACACCCACACGCCCACACUCAUGAGCAUACUCUGCCGAAAGUUCAACCAAGAGGGCUGCAGCACCCACUGUUUAGCAGGGGGGUUUGAAGAGUUCAGAUCGAGGUUUCCUGAAUGGUGCGAGUCUGCUCUGCACUCAGAACCACCCAUCGUCGGUCUGAAGAGUUUGAGAAUCACGUGUCUGGAGGCGGAGGAGGAGGCUGUGGUCGAGGGAGCCUGUGACUCUUCCCUAGGGAGGGACACUCCCUUAGAUGACCUGGGCUUUCCUGUCGAGAUCCUCCCUCACCUCUACCUCGGUAACGCCAAGAAUUCUGGCGACCGAGAUGCCCUCAACAGACAUAAAAUUCGGUAUAUCAUCAACGUGACUCCCAACUUGCCCAAUGUGUUCGAAGAGUGUGGGAGUUACAAAUACAUGCAGAUUCCUAUCGCAGACCACUGGAGUCAGAACCUGGCUUCCUUCUUCCCCAAGGCCAUCCAGUUUAUUGAGGAAGCUCGUGAGUCUGGCGUGGGUGUUCUGGUGCACUGCCUGGCUGGCAUCUCCCGUUCCGUAACCAUCACCGUCGCCUACCUCAUGUACAAGGAGAAGCUGAACUUGGAAGAGGCCUACGAGUACGUGCGCGUCAAGAAGGCCAACAUCGCCCCGAAUUUCAACUUCAUGGGUCAGCUGCAAGACUUCCAGCAGCAGCUGAACCUCUCCCCCCACAAGUGCCAGUGCGUGUCUGAGUGCCGCUGUCGUCAUCUUCACUUCCUCACCCCUGCCCGCACUUCUCCGGACUCGGGCAUCGAAUUCGACCGCUUCUCCUGAGGACUGACCCCCGCUGCCUCCACUCCUGCCGGCGGCUUCUCCAGGCUCGCAAUAGAGUCACCACAGUCGCCCUCCACGUCGCCGGCAGGUCUGCAGGCAGUGGCCUCCUCUUCGGGGGAGGAGGAGGAGGAGGAGGCUAGACAGGAGGAGAGGAGUGAGCAGGGUGAUGGAGGGGAGGAAACAGAAGAGGAUAACCUCCCUACCUGAUCCGGCGGCGAUGGCCUCAUUCAAGUGCCAAAGGUGAGCCUCCCCUUCGUCGGCCCCACACCUGCCUCGGGUGGCCCAGGGGAAGGGCUGUGGGGUGCCACACACGACGGCGGGGCAGACCAGCACCAACCUGCGGCCCCCUCGCCAUAAUCCAAACUCCCAGGUACAAAUUUCUCGACGAGUGAUCUCGCUUCUUUCGGGGAACUUCGGCGGACGGUGACGGCAGGCGGAGAGGCGGCCAUGUUGCUUCCUGCGAGGCUGUUUACCAGAUGCUGGUUUCAUUCACAGGAAAAUAUCUCUUAUUUUUAAGGAGGAUUUGUGAGACUGUUAUGUGGAAGUGUGUGGUGGAGGGAGCCACAGUGGCUCUGACCAGUGUGUUCUUCAGGGGAACGUUCAGCCAGUGUGAAGUGCUAUGUGAAGUUUUGCAACUCGACUCGGUUCGUACAAACUCAGUUGCCAGGACAUCCAACACUACCACAAGGUAGAACUCAAAAAAUAUUUAUUAAGCAACAAAACUUAAUGUUAAAAAAGUGAUAUAGAUCUCACAGUAUUUUCAUACCAGUUAUGAAGAAGAAAAAUCGUUGUUGGUGAUUUUGUUUUCCCCCUUCUGGAAACAAAGACAGUUGUUUUUAGAAGGUCAGACUGACAGCCUUGUGUGUUGUACAUCAGUGUUGUUGGUCGUAUGCUCAACGUGUAGCAGACUAUCUCCUUCAGUUCCCGCUGACGCCUUCUGAGAGCCAUCAUCUACCCGGUCCUUACAGGGAUUAUCCCUCCAGCUGGAUAAUGUUGGUGUUCCUGGGUCUCUAGCAAGUAUGCAGGAACCUAGAAAACACUCCAACUAAAAGUGUAUAAUGGGGCUUAAAUAAGGUUGUGAGGUUACCCAGGGAACUCGACCACAAUGCUGGGUUUUCUGGAGCCUUCAGCAUGGGUGGGGGACCCGGGAACAUGUGCUAGCCAAAAUAUAGGAUGUAGGACAUUCAGUGAAGCUGGAGAACCCUGAAAUGCGCUUCAGCCAAAACACACAUUUAUACACGCACUAAUACAAAGAUUCAUACAACACAUAAUACCAUACACAGGUGUGUGUUGUCGCUGAAGAUGCCAGGAAUCCGUAUGAUGUGUUUGGUUUCUCACUUGUAAAUUGCUUCAUGCAGAAAUUAACAGACAGCUUAAAAAUUAUAUGGAAUAGACUAUGUACAAAAUUUUAUAUAAUUUCUCAUGUAUCAGUUAGUCUUGUUUUUUCCUUUUUUGUGGAAAGAAACCUAAUAUAUUUUUAAUGUGCAACUCAAGCGGCCAAUGUGUGCUUUUUACCAAUUAGUGAAGCGCUGUCUACAGUGUCCAUAGUUUAUAUUGUUCAUAUCAACGCUCAAAUGGCGGAGUCAGUGGAGAGUGGACCAGGGACUAGGAGUUAGGUGAUUCUCACUUGACCUCCCUAAAAUUAAGGUCUUAAACUCCGACACCCAUUCCUCGGAAACCGCCCUACCCCAACCCAAAAUUUAACACCCCCAUUUCCCACCCUUAACGUCGUUAGCCCCCCUCUCGUACCCCGAUGGUUAACAAUACCCCCUCCCCCCCUUGGCCUUUUAUCCCACCCCUAAAAAUAUUCAUUGACGCUUUGAUACAAAAAAAUAAAGUUAUUCGCACAAUUCUUGGAGGAGUGGAACCUGUGGUCUCCAUGACCUCUGAUCAGUACAUGUUAUACAUGUUUUGUAGCCUCAAGUGCCUUGAACCAAUCCUUUCUUUGUAUAUUUUGUGGAAGCUGUAUCUUUUUAUGUAACUAGUUCAUCCAUGCUCAUACAAAAUGAUGGGUACAUGUGUAU